AUGAAGAUGAGUGUCUCCAUGACAAUGGAGGAUGUGUUCACUUGUGCAUGAAUACACCAGGAAACUACUCAUGUCUCUGCAGAGAUGGCUUCAUUCUUGCUGCUGAUGGUAAGGACUGUUUAGAUAAAAAUGAAUGUUUUGAAAACAAAGGAGGGUGCCAACACCACUGCAUCAAUACACUAGGAAGUUUUGAGUGUGGUUGCCAUCAGGGAUAUUCGCUGGACACUAACGGGAAGGAAUGUGUCU